AAAAAAAAAUCAACUGCUUUAGCCAUUUUCAGUGCUAUAUAUAAAUACAAACAUGAUGGACUAGAACCUCCAGUGGCUAAGGUAGCAUUUUUUCCAAAUGUCUUUUCAGUAUGGUUUUCUUUCUUAUCUUACAGUAAUGCUAUCGGGCCUGUGAUCUCCAUUUGGAUUACUUACCAGACGGGGCAAGUAGAUGCUGCAUGGGAAACUCCAUUGUGGAUUUUAUUAUUUGGUGGUGUGGGCAUUUCACUUGGAUUAUGGUUCCUUGGAAAGCGUGUGAUACAAGUUGUAGGGGAAGAGAUUACCACAUUGACACCAUCAAGUGCCUUUACUAUAGAACUCGGAUCAGCAUUGACAGUUUUAACAGCAUCUAAUCUUGGAAUUCCAAUAAGCACAACACAUUGUAAGGUGGGAUCUGUGGUGGCACUCGGUCUAUAUCGAUCCAUAUCUACGGUAGACUGGCGGUUGUUCCGAAACAUUGCCAUAUCAUGGUUCCUCACUGUACCGGCAUGUAUAGGAUUCAGUGCAGCUGCCAUGAAGCUACUAAUCUUCACUGUUUAAAGCUUGGUUUUCAUACAAUCGCUACACACUAUGAUUGCCGACACCUUUUCUGAUGCUGAUUGGUUGGUUGAAUUGGGGAGCCUUCUCAUCUACGCAGUACGAUUGCACUGAAAACUGGGCCCCGCCCCAUCAACAGAUAGGUCAACCACCCUUGACGUUCGACCUGCGUUUGCAUAUUACAGUAUGAUUUCCAGUAAGCAUCACUAGCUAACGGAAUACGGCGGUAGGCCUAGUAGGAAUGAUUUGUGCCUUUGUGAGUGAAGAAUAUUUGUACUGAAUCGAUGCUGAAUAUGAAGUAUAUGCCUACCUAGGCCAGGGCCUAUACCGAUAGCAUUCUGCUAGCGUCUUCAGUGGAGAUUUGAUAGGGUGUGCCUGGCUAGCUACUGUAGGCCUAGCCUGGUUUAGGCCUACUUCUUUCUGCUAUCUAAUACCCAUUUCACACAAGCAGAAAAUAUUACAACUUUUAACAAUUAUUAACAAGUUGUAACAAGUUUGAUAUUCCGAGAUUUUUGGUUCGUUUCACACAUGCACUUUCAAACCAUGGUCUGUUUUGUUCCGAGAUAACUCAGGGGACCCCUGUGAAAUCUCGGAAAGUUUUACAAGGAUUUGCUUUCAUACUCAUCCAAACCUGGUUACAACUUGUUACAAGUUGUUAAUAUUUGCAAAAUAGCAUCAGUGUGAAAUGGGUACUAGACGAAUCCCAGGCUACUGUAGACAGGCGUACGGAACCCAAACCUGCCUGAAAUUGAUCGAUUUCGGCCUAGCUAAGCUAGACUCGGAUAAGGAGGAGUCUCUGUAAUGUCAUCCUUUUCAGCAAUUCCCCCUCCCAUGAAAAAAUCAAAGAAGAGAAAGACAAAUCCAGAUGAGGAGCUAAUUGAUAAAUCCAUGCAAAUACGCUCGUCUACAAAUAGUAAGGGCCCUGAAGACCAUUUCGGUUUGUAUGUGGCCGCUUAACUCAAGAGAAUCGGUGAUCGAAAAAAAAAAUUAAUCAAAUUAAAUUGAAAAUACAAGCAAUACUUUGUGAAUCUGAAGAAUGAGAUUCUAAGAAAUCAACAAAUAUGACUGCUUCAUAUUCUUGGUUCUUGCUACAGUAUUUGCAUAGAUUUGAUUUUUUUAUUGCGUACUAUAUUAUAAAAUGUUAAUUACUAUGAAUGAAAAAUUCUACGGUAAUUUUUAUUUAAUGUUGUUGCUAUUUCUAAAUUAGACUUCUGUGAAUGCUGUGAUUAAUACCGUAUCACUGAAUCAUACAGGCUCUACAUAAUUUUAUGUUUGCUUGAAAAUCAACAUUUUUAACAGAAACAUAUUCAGGAUUCAGAUCUAAUGAAAAUUGGAUGGAUCAGGACUGCACACAGAAUUUUUAUUGGGUGGGUGCAAAUUCCUAGAGAGUGGACCAGAACAGCUCCUGGGCAUGAGGAAACUUCACCAUUUACCAAAUUUUCAAUUUUUGAACCAGGUUUUGCCGAUCUCUUCUUAUCUCUAUUAAUUACUGCUUCAGGGAAUUUUGUAACAAGAUUAAUAGUGAAGCUCAUUAGUUGUGAAUAGUCCA